UCUGGGUUCUACCACAGUAAGAGGGAACCGUUGCCUUUUCAGACUUCUGGCCACAGUUUUUUGACUAGGGCACCGCGCCCGUGGCCUUUUCUCCAAAAACUACUCCACUUUGCUAAAUAAUUUUUUUCCCACCCCAUUUUGCUAAAUAAAUAUUUUUUUUUUACAUUUCAGAAAAAAAAAAACUUAAGCUUUCCCAAAAAAAAAAGUAGUUGCAUUUAAGACUAGUUCUAUACUUCUCUAUUGAAGGUGUUCACAAUUAAUAAGAGAGAAUUGCAGAUACAAGUAACUUGAUAUUUGUUGGUCAUAUUUAAGUGCUUAAUUAACAUUGGAACGCGAAGGUUUCCUUGGGAUCUUCUACCUAAUUCACUAGAUAAGUGGAUAUGACGUUUUGUUUAUGUUAGUCACAUUUUUUAAGUUGUUGAUGAUAUUUACAAUUUAAAUAGAUAAUGUUCUUCAAAAAAAUAUUGUUAGGGGUCUAUUUUUAUUAUUUGCCCAGGGCCUCCAAAAUGUCGGGACCGGCCCUGCAUAUUACUACAAUUCCCUACCAAUGUCGGGUGGAUCUAUCACACCUUACUCACUUCAAGUCUUGUAAAGGGAAGAUCCUAGAAUGGCCUCCAAAGGCUCUUCCUCCUCAUCUCGGGGAAGACGCAGGAGUACAAAUAAAAACAAAGGUAUUGUAAUCUCUGAUUCCCUAAUCUUAUCUGGGCCCACUGCCCAUCAAUCUAGACCCACUGUCCAAAAAUCUGAGCCUACUGCUCAAAUCCAAUCUUCUCAACCAAAGCAAACUAAAGCAGAUUAUGCUUUACCUAUCCAAACACUUCUUGCCCUCAAACAAUCAGGCUUAGAUGAAAUACCUCAAGGCCUUACCAAACUCCCAAAAAAGACCUGGGCCAGCAUUGCAGAUGAAGAUGAUGACCACCUAACCAGAGUUCAGGUUACCUGACCAAAACAAUCUCCAGAUUCCAAACUCUCAUUGAACCAGAAUGGUGGGAAUUGGCAUUAAACUCUUCCCUAACCAUCUUGACCCCAUUCACCCAAAUAAAACCCAAAGAUUCUACGAGUUCAUUCUUGUAGACACAAACAACAUAGAAAUCAAGCAUUUUAGGGAUAAAUCUGAUGACUCCCUAAUUACUCAUUCUACACUCCAAAUUCUCCGUGUCCUUCGUCCCACUGACUUUGGACCCAAUCCAAAUAGCUACAAAAAAUUCUCCCAAAACUUUGACCCAGUAGGUUUUAACUAUUGGGACUACAUUAGAGCUUGGGAUAACACAAUCCUAGGUUUGCAGAAUAAAAAUUUCAAACAUUCUUGGCUCAUUUAUUUCAAAUGGACCAACAAAUACUCUUUUCCAAAUUGGUUUCAUUCCUGGUGGAAUUUCUUUGGACCAACAAUCGAAAUCUUUCCCUCGGAAGUUCUUGAGGGUUACAAUCAUUUCCUAAAACAUUGGAAUAAAGAAUUAAACAAUUAUCCUGAUUGUUUAAAUUUUUAUACAAUCUUUUCCCUCUCAUGGGUAUUUUCCUGGCGUUAUGGUCUUAAGACUAAAACCCAACCAAUUCUCUUCAAACAAGCUCUUAUCAAAUGGUGGAGGAUUUUUGAUGCUUCCAAAGCCUACAAAGAGAAUGUUAAUCAGUGGUUUAAGUCCAACCAGAAUUGUCUCAAGCACGCCAGUCCACAAUCUAACCUCUUGCUCAAUCAGAAGGCCCAUAUCACAGCGGCCCUUGCAGGAGCUUCAACAGAAGAAGAUUUGCUGAAAAAUCUCCAAACAGCCCUUCAAUUAUUGAAAGAGCCAAAGGAGCAGGCCUCAUCCUCAAAGGCCCCUCAGCAGAAAAUCUCCUCACAAUCCUCUUUCGGGUCAGAUUUUGUCCUGGAGACUCCAGAACCAAGUGAUGAUGACCUCUGCUAAGUUUCGUCGUCUUGUAAUCAUUUGGUUUUAUAAUAAUUCAAUCUCAAUUAUUGUAAUUCACUGUAGCAACAGUAGACUUUUUACUGUAGCAAAUAGUACCCGUCAAAUAGUACCGGCCACCGGAACUAUUCAACCGGAACUAUUUAAACAGUGUUCAAUUUUUCCUUUAAAUAGGCUUACUCUGAACCUUGUUAGGCAGAGUUUAGAUACACCAAGAUAGAGAAACACUUUGAGAGCUGAGCGACUGUAAGCUACUUCUCUCUGUUUUUCUUUCUUUCAAUGUUUCAAUCUGUUUCAGUUUUUGUAAAAGUUCUAUAAUAGUUUAUGUAAUUUCAAUCUUAUCUCCUUCAAGUUAUAUGGAAGGCUAAGCCUCCU